AUGAAUACAUUCAAAGCACCAUCUCCAUUCCCAACCAACGAAGAAAUAAAGUCAUUCCAUGCAAUAGAUCGUGGUUUGUACAAACGCUUAGUCAUUGACUUAGGUCAAGACAUGAUUCUCAGCAUGAAAGCUAUUUCCUUUUGGAUGUGGCUCGAAGAGGUUGGAUUUCCAAACAACAUCGUUUCAAGGUUGCUAAAGAUAGGUGAUACUGAACUAUCACUAAUAUUUGGUGAAGCUGUUGGUUGCCUCAAGUGUAUCGAAUCAUCUACGCUUCCAUUCUCUUCUCCAACAGCAAAUAAUGUCAUUGAGAUUCCAUUAACUAAAGCUCUGGUGUCUCCCAUGGGAAUCAACGUAACAAGGGUAUAUCAAAACAGGGAUAGCGCGCGCAUAAGAAUCAACCACACUGUGAAUCAAGUCUUUUCUGUGGCUUUUGACGAUAUCAUUCAGCAAGCAGUGCGAAAUAAUCGGCAGCAUAAUCUUUCUCCAUCGGUUCCGUCAGCAGCUACUCAUCAUGUGUCGAAUGGAAAUCAAACCUCUAUUUGGAUGGAGGGUUUAUAUCUUAUAUAG